UUGUGCUCUUUGUGCUAGGUUGUAUGGCCAUGUUUCGGGAUUAUACAGGUAUUACCAAACACGCUGUAUAAUAAAAAAAAAUAGCUACAUAGGCCAGAAGUAUAGUAAGAAAUCUUGCCUUAAUAACUAUAGUAAUAUUUGUUCCUUUGUCCCACAAGAGGGAUUUUUUAAGCAUUUUUCACUAUGUUUUUUUUUACAAUAUAGCAUUGUUAAUGCAAUAUUGAUAAAUAUAAUAACUAUAGUGAUAUUUGCUUUGUGCUUCUACAAAUAAACAUAUUAAUUGUCUCCAGACGAACUCACAAAACGUCUUUAUCACAUGAAACACAAAUGAACACAGAGUGGCAACACAUGUUCGGACAAUCACACGAACACACGAUUAGAGCGGUAGAGUCUACGGCUCAGUCGAUGAGUGGUACAUACAACACCACAUCAAAUCAUCCGUUGUCCCACGCGCCCGCUCACUCGCAGAUGGGACACAGCGCCAGUUAUGUGCAAUAUAGCAUGGCACCUUGCCGAGCGGAAUUAAGAAACUUAACAUCUCGUAUGCAGCAAAAGUUCCAGAAAUCAUUGAGGAGUCACGAUGAUGGGGCAGAAAAUAUCGAAGAUUUGGUACCUCCAGCGUCUUGGCGACCUGGCAGUCAGCUACUGGCUUAUCUGUAUGAGCACAAGGCUCGUGUAAAUCAACUGGUGACUCUUCCAGCGCAGAAAAGUUACUUCGGUUCGUGUUCUGACGAUGGCACCGUCCGUCUGUGGGACGCGGCUCGACUUCAGGGGCACGCUUACGUGAACAGAUCUAAGUCGAUGUACAAUAGAAGUGCCGGGCCGGUGGUUUCAUUGGCCUCUUGCGAAAAUGGACAAUCGCUAGUCGCGGCCACACAGGAAGGAUCUAUAUUCGUCUUAAGGAUAGACAACGGCUCGUCCCGUAUGACGUUGUCGCAGUGCCGUCAGGUGGAGGGGAGUAUAGGUAGUGGGGGUGGAUGCGAGGAGGGGGGUGGUUGCGUGGCGGUGGCGUGCGCGGGGGGCGUGCACGCGGGCGUUAUAUCAUACGCCACGUUACUAUCCACAGUCGUAGGAUGGGAUCUACGGGCGCCAGGUAUGAUAUAUGUAUAUAUAUAGCUUGGCUGAUGUCUUUACACUUUAUUACAAUCAAUUUAUUACCUCACAAAUCAACUCAAUUAAUCCACUUAACAAUUAAAAACAAAAUUUGGUACUCCCCAUUAUCCACCAAAUAGGUAAUGUCCAUUUCUAAACACACCUGAAAAGAUAAUAGUCAAAUUAAAAUAUUUUGAAUUUAUUUUGAACAUUUGUUAUGACAAUUCGUUAUUAAAUUAAUCACAUUUUUAAAACAUUAUUGCAAGUUUUAUUUCUAUAGAUUUCAAUAUAAAACAAUCAAACUUACUUAUAAUAUCAGGUAGUCUAGAUGGCGUACCCAUCGUAUGACUGAGUAAUGAAAUAAUCAUUUUCACAUUAAGUAAUUGUAAGAAUUUAUUAUAUUCUACAGUUUAUAAAUAAUGAUAAUAAUUCAGGAUGAUUACAACAGAUGAACAUUUGUGAUUUAAAAGCGUUUUGAAAUUAUAAGGAAUAUACAUUGAACUGUGUCAAUAGUGGACUAUCGUUUUCUCAAGAAAAAAUAUUUAAACACACAGAUAUAAACUUUUAACUAACAUAACUCAUUAUAUUUAAAAUAAACAUAGAAUCAGUGAGAAUAUAAUUUAAAAAUAGAAAAAGGUUAGUUAAUUUUCAAAUCGAUUCCUUUGAAGUCGCACGCACUUAUUACCUUAUAUGUAAGUGCGUGCGACUUCAAAAGAAGUGCAUAAUGUUCGGUCGUUAAUAUUUCAUAUUGAACUGCUGUUACGCUGCCAAUUUGUAGAGAUUGUCUAGAGACCGGGAGUACCUUUGAAGUAUAAGAAUCACAAUACAAAUAGACUCUCGUAGAACAAUAGCCGUCUGUGAGUAUAUUAAUGUGAGAUGGGCGUAAUUGAUAUAAGCGACAUCGUGUGAAUCAUACAGGAGGAAUGAAAUUUUUUUUUUUAUUAAACAGUUAUAAAAAGAAAAGAGUUAGUGCUUAAAAAUUCACUUAUGAAAAAUGCUUAAAAAUUCACUUGUCCCUGGGACUCGAACCCAUGAUCUUUCGCAAUCCGAGCGACUGCUCUAACCAUUAAGCUACCCAGGGCCUAACAGGACUGAUGAAUCUUUUAAGCACUUGUUACUUUUUCGCUUACUAGAUAGCGUAUUUUCAUCAAUGUUCAGGCAAUCCACCUAAACAGCCGAAAGAAAUAUUUUUACAAAUCGACGCUGGAAAGCAAACACGUAGUAACCCGCAAAACCAAAAUUGUUCUUUAGAGCAGAAAAACUUAAAUUUUUUUCGAUAAAUAAUUCCUAUAAACGUCAACAAAUUAGGUGUUUCUUAGUCAAUUUAUACGGAAAGAAGAUAUUUUUUCUUGGAAAAAUAUAAAUAUUUUCCAUUCUAAAUAUCCAGUUUCGUUUUGCAGGUUACUACGUGUUUGCUUUCCAGCGUCGAAAUAUUAAAACUUUCGGUGAAAAUGAAAAUUUGUUCUAAUUAUUAUAUUUAAUAUAAUACGAUAACAAAUAGGGUGCCAUAUCAAGCUUCCUCUCCCCUUUGGCUAACAUGGUAGAUGAUAAAUAUAUGAAAUUUAUUUAUAAUUUGCUUCCAAACAAGAAGCACUACAUUUUACUACGUUAAGAUUUUUAUUGUUAAAAGUAGCUAAUUCCAACGGUAUAGAAAUUAGCCUUUUAAACAAGACUGAUUAUAAAUUUUAUUCUUACUUUCGGUAACAGUCGGCAUCAGUAGGUCUAUUCUGCGUAAAUGAAGCUUCACCAAGCACUACAUUAGUAAGAACUUACUGUGCCAUAAUCGCCUAGACCCGUGACAUAACCUAAC